CACCCUCAUACAAACACUACAUGAACCUCAGACUGCAGCAAAGCUGGGAUUUUUUCAUGUUACUCUAAAUCCUACUAGUAUUAGUACUAAUAUUUAACAGAAACACUCCUAGUAACACCAGUCCUACCAGUUAGACUAAUCAGGAUGGAGCUCUGGUGGAGUUUAUCAGCUGAGACCUGGGCUCUGAUCAUCAUCCUCAUCAGCCUCAUCUUACUGUAUGGGUACUGGCCGUACGGGUUCUUUAAGCGUUUGGGAGUUCCCGGUCCUAAACCCGUCCCGUUUUUUGGAACCAUGUUAGAGUAUCGUAAGGGAAUCCAUAACUUUGAUAUGGAGUGUUUUCAGAAGUACGGUAAGAUUUGGGGUAUAUACGACGGGAGACAGCCGGUCCUCUGUGUCCUGGACAGGGACAUCCUCAAAACCAUCCUGAUUAAAGAGUGUUACUCUCUCUUCACCAACCACAGAAAUUUGCGUCUGAACGGCCCUCUGUACGACGCCGUGUCCAAUGUCGAGGACGAGGACUGGAGGAGAAUUAGGAGCGUUCUGUCUCCAUCCUUCACCAGCGGCAGACUAAAGGAGAUGUUUGGAAUCAUGAAGUCUCAUUCUCACACACUGAUUGAAAAUCUGCAGAAGACAUCAGAGCGAGGAGAAUCAGCAGAUAUCAAAGAGUUUUUCGGAGCGUACAGUAUGGACGUGGUGUCGAGCACAGCGUUCAGUGUCGAUAUCGACUCCCUGAACAACCCCAAAGAUCCCUUCGUAUCCAACAUCAAGAAACUGCUGAAUUUGAACUUAUUCAGCCCUCUGAUCCUCGCUGUCGUUCUCUUCCCCUUCAUUACACCGCUGUUGGAGAAAAUGAAUUUUUCAUUUUUCCCGAGUGAAGUGACAGAUUUCUUUUACGCCUCGCUGCAAAAGAUCAAGUCUAAACGUGUGGCCAAAGAUCAUAAGAGGCGAGUGGACUUCAUGCAGCUGAUGAUCGAUUCUCAGGAAUCAGGAAAAGACGAUCCAAAUGGCCAGGAGACACACAAGGGUCUGAGUGAUCAUGAGAUCCUGUCCCAGUCCAUGGUCUUCAUCUUUGCUGGUUAUGAGACGAGUAGCAGCACGCUGUCGUUUCUCUUCUACAAUCUGGCCAGAUAUUCGAAGACCAUGAAGAAACUACAGGAAGAAAUCGAUGCAACUUUCCCUAAUAACGCUGAAGUUGAUUAUGACACGGUGAUGAACAUGGAUUAUCUGGAUGCUGCCCUUAACGAGUCGCUCAGAUUAUACCCAGUUGUGUUUCGUCUGGAGAGAGUCUGCAAGAAAACUGUUGAGAUAAAUGGUCUCAUCAUCCCAAAGGACAUUGCUGUCUUCGUCCCCACUUAUGCCCUACAUAGGGACCCUGAAUACUGGCCUGAUCCAGAGACCUUCAACCCUGACAGGUUCACUAAGGAGAAUAAGGAGAGCAUCAAGCCGUAUGCGUACAUGCCGUUUGGGUUAGGACCCAGGAACUGCAUCGGGAUGAGGUUCGCCCACGUGGCCAUGAAGCUGGCUGUUGUUGAGGUACUGCAGAGAUUCGACGUCAGUCUUUCUGAGGAAACGAAGGUUCCUCUGGAGCUGAACAAGAGCGCAAUUCUGGCUCCUAAAAACCCCAUAAAACUCAAAUUCACACCGCGGAAAAUGUCAGACCCCUGCAGUAGUGACCGCGUUAACUUGUAGGUGCUGCUUCCUCUCAAUACAAUCAGUCUAUGAUUCAACAUGAAUAAGUGCAGUUUAUAUAUAUGUACAAGUGUUAGUGUUUAUAUAUAUAUGUGUGUGUGUGUGUUUGUGUGUGUGUGUGUGUGUGUGUGUGUGUGUGUGUGUGUGUGUGUUUCUUUCUCUCUCUUUUCCUCUGGACAAACAUGUAUACAAUCUCCACUUCUUGGUCUCCAGGAUUUAACCAGGACUUGUAAAAAUGCUUUAUGUUCUUUGUAGUAACAGAUGAUACCAGGCGCUUGUCCAAACGCUCUUGUGCUGUUAAUAAACAGAACGUUCUGACCCA